AAAAAACAUCAAAGAAAUGGCAGAGAAUGGAAUUAAACACCAAGAGGUUGGCCACAAGAGUCUUUUGCAAAGUGAUGCUCUUUACCAGUACAUACUUGAAACCAGUGUAUACCCAAGAGAGCCAGAAUCCAUGAAAGAGCUCAGGGAGGUGACUGCUAAGCAUCCAUGGAAUUUAAUGACAACAUCAGCGGAUGAAGGGCAGUUCUUGAACAUGUUGUUGAAGUUGAUUAAUGCCAAAAAUACAAUGGAGAUCGGUGUUUACACUGGCUACUCCCUCCUUGCUACUGCCCUUGCUAUCCCCGAUGAUGGAAAGAUAUUGGCAAUGGACAUUAAUAGGGAAAAUUACGAAAUAGGAUUGCCCAUAAUCGAAAAGGCCGGUGUGGCUCACAAAAUUGAAUUUAGAGAAGGCCCUGCUUUGCCUGUUCUUGAUCAACUGGUUGAAGAUAAAAAGAAUCAUGGCACAUAUGAUUUCAUAUUUGUGGAUGCUGACAAGGACAACUACAUUAACUAUCACAAAAGGAUAAUAGAUUUGGUGAAAGUUGGUGGUUUGAUUGGGUACGACAACACCCUAUGGAAUGGUUCUGUGGUGGCUCCACCUGAUGCACCAAUGAGGAAAUACGUAAGGUAUUAUAGGGACUUUGUAUUGGAGCUUAACAAAGCCCUAGCUGUUGAUCCUAGGAUUGAGAUUUGCAUGCUUCCUGUUGGUGAUGGCAUUACCUUGUGCCGCCGCAUCAGCUGAUCAUUCCAUUAUUCUUUUGUUUCUUUUUAUUUCUAAUUAAAAAAAAAAACCUUUUCUUUCUUUGUUCUCUUUGGUUUAUAAUGUAAGGGAGGACUUCCUUUUGAGCUAUGAGUUUCAUAUUAUUCACUAUCUGUAAUGGUAAAACAUUGUAUCUCAAUGUAUUUCUCAUAAUUAAAAGUAAUAUUGAGCAUUAAUUGCAUUUUUUAUUUUA